AAUGAGCUUUUUAAAAUGGUUAACAGUUGUUUGUAAUGUUUUUAAUGGUAUUAGUAGUGGAAACCAUUAGCCCUUUGAGGCUGCUAUCAGCGGGGAAGAUUACAUCGCUACCUACAUCACAUUUUCAUCAUGUAAUCGUUAACGGACUACAAUUUGUUGCCACUAUACCACCUUCCUCAUACACUUAUUUAUCCCUCACCCUUUCCCAUCUUCUCUCUCCCUCUGUUCGCUCAAGAUCCGCCCCUGCCCAAUUUUAUCAUUUCGCCCCCUUUCUGAAUUUCCUGACUACAAAAAGUCUGUCAGACGUCUGUGUGAGUCUCAGCAGGGGAACGGGGAAUAUCUCCAGCCAGCUUCACAAAGGGAAAACUGGGGGCCUCAGUACUCACAAGGACAGGUCAGUUUGUAAAUUCCCAACAGCGACUACUGAAGAUUACCAUGGGUAGUUUCGGUUUUGAAUGCACCGUGAAAGAGGAUAUAAAGAAAAGACGAGGUUGUCAGAAAAAGGAGGGUGAGCAUGGGUGAAGUGUUAAUAUGAGUCCGUCAUUGUGGCUGUGCUGUGUGCUGCUCUGUUUAGUCUGCUGUGUCACGGUGCACACACACAUGCCAAUGGAGGAACAGCACAGCUCCAACCAAAGCAACAGCAACUUACUAGCAAACAACCAAACAGAUGCACCUCCUGUGCUCAUAAUCGGGCUUUCAAAAACACCCAAGAAGAGCAAGAAAUCAGAAAAGAAGCCAAAAAAGAAAUUCCCCAAUAAAGUGAAGAGACCCCCGCCUCCGCCGAACUGUGUGCCCCUGUGGGCGAGCUGCAAGAGCCCGAACGCGGUGUGCUGCGAUCAGUGCGCUUUCUGCCACUGCCGCCUGCUCAAAACAGUCUGCUACUGCCGCAUGGGAUACCCCAAAUGCUGAGGAGGACCACCAGACUCACCCCAUCCUGUUUAUGGAGCCCUGCGGGAUUAUGACCGGCGAUAAUCUCUCGCACUGCAUCAUUAUUUUUAUAACCGCGGUCAGAUUUUCUCGGAGUUUUUCCUGACCAGAUAAACCUGAGGCGCACGGCGGGAAAACACAUGCAGACACCUGGGUACUUAAAAUCACCUUAUGAUUAUUACUUAUAUUAUGGGUAAUAUUAUAGGAAGAAUAUUCUUGUUUAUACGGUGACUUUUUUUGGUUGUAUGCACUUUAUGGAGAUAAGUUAAAAGCAUUUGCUCUCCUGUUUGAGCUGCUAUACACGAGAGUAGAGAGCUGUGUGUGUGUAUAAAUCACAGUGACGACGACAAUUGCCGCCAAAAAGUUGUUUACUAAAAUAUAUCCGCCAUCACACUAAAAAUGUAAAUAGAUCGAAUUAAACACACAUAAAGAUAAAAAAAAGUUAGAAAUUGAAGAAAUAGCAAAAUAUGUGUCAAUGUGAUGUGGUGACCGACGGGUUUGGUUGUAAUGGGCAUUCUUAUUUUAAGAUUUAUGAGGUAUAUUUUUGUUGAAAGACGAAUUAUAUUGAUCUACUAGGCUUGUGAUUGAGUUACAUGUUAAUAUUUGUUUUAUUCUAUAAAUGUCUAAGAGGAUUUCUUUCAAAUGUCAUAUAUGAAUAUAUUGCUAGAAGUACAAUUGGUCUAAAUAACACGUGUUUUUCAAUGGUUGUGAUUAAAAAUCAGUAUUAUCCCACUACAUAUUGAUUCCUUAACUUUUCUGACGUCAAAACGUUGGUAUUGUGAUGUCUGUAAAUAUAAACACAUGGCACCUUUAUUGUUAUUUUGACCAAUUGUCCUUUUUUAUUUUAGAUUUAAAAGAAGAGCAAAACCAAAAUCAGAUUUACUUUAACUGUAAAUUGUAAAUGCAACGAAACAGACUUUCCAAGUGGUCUCUUGCUCUGUCUUUUUAUUUACCUACAUAGCUGCAGUUCUUGGGUCAGUUUUAAAGAUUCAAGUUGCAAUGUCUAUAUCAUAAAUGAUUUUGGACCAAUUUAUUAUAUUCAAUUCAUACCCAGUUAUAAACUAGGGGAAACAUUGCAGAAUUUUAUUGUGCAGAUUCAUAAAUAACUUUAUAAAUUAAAAUAAUAAAGACUGAAACAUGUCAUUUGUCUAUGCAUCUUAUGACAAAAGUUGCCUCUUGUUUUUUUCCCUUGUAGUUUGGCGUAUUCAACCCAAAUUAUUCCUAUUCAAGAUUUAAACUAACACACACACACACACACACACACACACACACACACACACACACACGCUACAGAUACAUUUUUGUACAUUACAUUUCGUCACUUAAACAGUAAUGCAACAAAAUGGAGAAUAAAUCAAAUGAGUUUAAAGCUACAAAGGUUAGACGUGAAAGGUUUUUCUCGAGAUGCCAGUGAGUGAUUCUCAAGCAUAUGGUGUGUAAUGACAGGUUUAAGGCAGGCCAUUGUAAAGUCCAUGCAUGGAAUCAGUAAAACAUUACGUUACGCCACAUGACAGAAAGCAGACUUUGAGAUAAGAUGACAAAUUUUGUACAUUUUAAUGUAAUUUUUACCUCAAAAUUUGCGAAACAACAACAAAAUUUACUGUGGAGUAUAUGAAACAAGAUAUUGCCAAAUAUUUUUUACAUUUUUCUUUAAAUUUAACUUUAUUGAACACAAAUUCUUAACUUUAAAUCUAGAAGUGAUUUAUAAAAACAAGACUUUAUUUAGGGAGCUAUGUUAUGCAUUAGGUUAUUUAUGCAGUAAAGUACGCACAAUUAAAGGCAAUUUAACCCCUAGAGUAAAUUCCUGCUUUUAAUUAAUAUCUAAAUGUAUAAUUACACAGUGAGAAGAGUACCGCGACCCAAAAUAUUUCAUUUUCAAAUAGAACACUCCUUUAAUAGGGGUCAUAAAAUAUGCGCACAAACAAACAGCUAUCAAAAUGCGGUUUAAUCCAUGCAAAUAUCUUAACACCUUGCUUUCGGGACACAACUGCUUAUGAAAGGAGCGAGAUCAAAGAGUAAUUCCCAACACCUCAAAUAAUUAUCAGUCCAACAGGUAAUAAAACACACUUUCAAACAAACACACACUCGGGGUGACACUAAAGGCUCCAGACGCCACAGCUGGUUCACAUUGAAAGCAAGAAUUGGCCCAGAGUGGAAGAGGGAGAAAGAAAAAAAACUCAAAAAAAAAAAAAAAAA